AAAUGUCAUUCGUUCCAAAUUGUUGUCGUCUAUGUAGUAAUACCACCGAAAUAGAAACCUACAGCCUACGUUGAAUCGGUCGUGUCCGAGAAUAUUAUUUUUGGAACCCCUGUGCGUCCAUUCAGAUUAUACGAUAGGAAUUGAUUCUAAAUAUGAUACUAGGUUCAUACGAGUUAUUUCAAUUAGUGCUGUUUCACAUUUCUAUAAGCACCGUUCAGUUAAAUUUUUUUUUUCAAUUUCCUCCUUUUGUAGGUUGUUAGCCAUUUAAAGAAAUAACAUUUGCAAAAUAAAUCUGUUAACGGUCCCUAAGGCACGUACGCCUUUCAGUAAUCAAUCAACACUUAGUCUAUCAUAUUCAUACAGAGUAACAUUAUAUAGGUAGAUAAACUAUAAUAAAAUUUUUGACCAAAUUGCUGUUACCGAUAUGGCUAACGGUAUAAAGAAACUCGAUGAAUACAAUUUAAUGGUGCUCCGAGAACAACUAUCAUUGCCUGCUAAUAAAUAUUGCUUCGACUGUCACCAAAGAGGACCAACAUAUGUGAAUGUUACCAUAGGCUCAUUUGUCUGUACAUCAUGUUCUGGACUACUACGAGGCCUUACUCCACCACACAGAGUGAAAAGCGUAUCAAUGGCAACAUUUAGCACUGAGGAAAUUGACUUUAUAAAAUCCAGGGGAAACGAGAGUUGUGAAAGGGUCUGGUUAGGGAUGUACGACUCAAAACAACCUACAAAUGAUGAAAAACAAAUAAAAGAUUUUAUGGUCGCAAAAUAUGAAAAAAAAAUGUACUAUUCUGAUCAAGUUUCACAAAAACUAAGCAAUGGCAUUCAGACAAGACCUACUGUUACCAAUAUUACUACAAAUCAUCAAAAACCUAGUACUACUACUACACCUGCAAUAAAUAUAUCAUCCUCAAACAAAUUUGAGUUUUUUAAAGAUGAAUCUUCAAACCAAAAUCAAUCUCCAAUUCAAACAUCCCAAUCUUUUGCAAAUUUUGAAAAUAACCCAGUAUUUUCUACAUCUUUUGAUACUCCUAAAAAUAUUGACUUAAAUUUUAAGUUUGUUCAACCUCUUCAAACUGGAUAUUUUGAUUAUUUGACAUCAAAUCCAAUUCAAUUUUCACCAGCAAGAAAACCGAACAACAUAAAUAAUCGAUGGAGUGUUGCUAUUGAAAGUACAAGUCCUAGUACUAGUUGGAAAUCCAAUGGUGCAGUAAGUCAAGCACCAACUGAAGAUCGUUAUGCUGCAUUGAAAGAUCUCGAUUGCUUGAUGAAAUCCCAAGUUCAACAAGAUACUCCUCCUCAAUUAAAUAAUAGUAACAGUUCUGCAUGGAGUUCCGAUGCAUCUUUGAAUGGAACAUGGAGCAGUCAAGUUUCUGAAAAUACACCUCAAAACCCAUUCAAAAAUAGUAUUCAAGAUGAUUGGGCGUCAUCGAAUCAUGUAGUUAAUCCAUUUUCAAAUAACAUACCAGAUGAUUGGCAGAAUAAUAUUCAAUGGCCAAAUGGUUUAACUUCCAGCCAAUCAAUGGGUUUUAAUGAUGUAACACCUUGGAAUGCAGAUUUCUCAAAUCCAUUUAAAGUUGGAUCAGCAUCUCCAUUAAAUAAACAUUCAAGCAAUCCAUUUUUAUAAAACAAAUUACAUCUCUCAUUAAAAAAAUUGAAAAUAUCUGGUAAAUUGAGAAGGAUUCAACAACAAUGCAUAACUAUAACAAUGGAUUUAUUAUAUUUUAAUAAGAAAACAAUGUUAAAAAUCUUAACUUAGGAAAAAAUAUAAUUAAACAUUUUUAAAAAUAAUUAGAAAGAAAUAUUAGUUUUUUAAUUAACUAUUUAUUUCAAGCAUAUAAUCUCAUAUAGCUGGCCAUUUAUUUACUAUUCCUACAUUCAAAUUUAUGCAACUAUCUAGUCUUGAAAAUAUUUAUAGUUUGCCUCAAGUUUUUAAAUUGUUAUUUUUUAAAUAAAAAUUAUUUUUAUAAGUUUUAAUUAUUUUCCUUUACAACUCAAUACAUGAUUUAAUAUAUUAUAUGAUCAAUGUAUCAAACCAAUGUUGUAGCAUUAUAUUCAUUAGUAUACUUAAAAUACAGUUUGUCUUGAAAGUUAUAACUUAUGGAACCACAAACUUAUUUUUAUUUACUCCAGAGUUAUGGAAAAUUAGUGAAUAUGUCAGUUUAUUGCAUCUUCAAACUUCUAUGUUUCAUCCAAAUAACUUAAAGAAUCGUGCUUUAGUUUUUGUUAAGUUUCUAGUGGGUGACUUCAUGUACUAAAAAGUUAUGUUUCACUGUAGUCCCAAUAUUUUUGAAUUCUGAUCUCUUCAAGUUAUUAUAUGCAGUACUUUAAUUUAGCAAAAUGUUAUUAAUAUUUAUAUACAAAUUUAAAUUUAAUUGUACAUCAUCUAUAUUAUCUUGUCUUAAGUCCGAUCAUGCUGACAUAAAUUAAAAUGUUUAUAUUAUAAUUACUUCUAUUUAUUGUAAAUUAUAAAUGUCAACAUUUCUUGGUAUAUUUAUGUAUUAUUUUUAAAUUAAAAAAAUUUCAUCAUUGUAUUUAACAAAAACUAUAAAUAUUGGGAUUGCUAGAAAGUGUAUACUUUAAUGUAUUUUAAGAGAUCCUUCAAUUAAAUUGUAAAAAUAAAUAAAUAAUAUAAAAUAAAAAUUUAUAUUUAUAGAAUCUCUAUCCUUAUAUACAUUUUACAUAUAUUACAGAUUUGUACUGUCUGUAGUUAAUAUCAACUAUGUGUUAACUAUUAGUAUUUAAAUAAUAUUUAUUUUAUCUUUUUACUCGUUGAUUAAUAUUUUAUUUUAAUUUAUUUUCAAUUGAAAAAAUCUUAUAGUCUAACAUUUGUCAUAGUGAUUACUAUUUAUGUUAUUAAAUUAUUAAACUAAUUUCGAACAAAAUAAAAGCCACUUAACUACUUUGAAUAUUAGUUUUAUGAAUUGUAAUGUACAGUCAAAAAAAGUUGUUAUUUUUUUUAUAUAUACUAUGAGUUAUAAGUGUAAUAUUUUUUGAAAUUGAAAAAGUAUUUCUGAAAAUAAUAAAUACUAUCAUAUUUUAUUUUAAUGUAUACAAAAUUUACCAAAUUAUACUUAAUUAUUGUUCUUGAUGAUUUUAACUUUAUGUUUUUGUAAUGGUAAACCAAAAUUGGUAUAUUUUAAAAAUAACUGUAUUUUUUUUUAUAAUUAUUUAAAUGAAUUAUUAUUUAGCAUCAAAAAAAAAAAAAAAAAAAUUGUUUUAAGAGUUAAGUAUCAUUAAAUGAUAAUUGAUAAAAACAAUUUAAUUGGAAACUAAAAUUUAAUAUUUUGUCUGUUUUAUUGUUAUGUCUUAAAUUACUUACUAAUAUUUAAAUAUUUAAUAUAUAAAUAGUUAAAAUGGCUUAACUAAAACAAAGUUUUUAAUCAAUGUUGAUGAUUAUUGAUUACUAAGUUAAAUUAACUAAUUUUAAUGUAUAUUUUAAUAAGUUAUGAUAUACAUACAUUAAUCCAACAUUUUACUGUAUAUUGUUCAUAUUUUUUAUUUGAUGCUAAAUUUGCUUGGAAUUAUGUGUGUGUGCACCAAAGUCUGUUAAUCAUGUUUAACAAAUGUAACUGUGAUAAAUUUUUUAUUGUACCUAAAAUGUAUGUUUAAUUUUGAAGAAUAUUUAUCUUGGAGUAAGUUAAGUUUGUUGGAUUAGUAUUUUGAAUGGGCUAUAUUUAUCAAAGUCAGUUUUUACCCAUUGGUUGUUAAAUUAAUUAUUGUUCAUUUUUCUUAUUAAAAUUAUAAAAAAUUAUUUUAAAGUAACUAUCUUCUCAAAUUAUUCUCUCUCUCUAUAUACAUAUAUAUAUUUAUAUAAAUACCUAUUGUAAAUGUAAUUUUCAAGCUUAUUAAUAACUUAUAAAUCCUUAUAAUAUUUAAUUGAGAAAUCAUAAAUUAUAUACAUUUAACAUCCUUAUACACUCUGGUACGUUAAUUAAGAAUUUUAUUUAAAAUCAGUAUAAUAUAGUAGAUUAACCAACUUUAUCUCAUUUUCCUUUUUAAAUAUUAUCAAGAUUAUUUAAAUUUUAUAAAGUUGCACAGCACUUAAAAAGAUAACUUUGGCUUUAAUCACAUUUGUCAAUUAAAUACACUUUAUCUAUUUAUUGUAUACUUCCAUAUCAUAAAUUUCAAUAUCUUAACAAUUUUAUCCACCCUUUUUAUAUAUAGGUACCUUGACUGUUUACCUAAUAUAUUAUUUUUUUUAUAUGUUGCACAGGGUGAUUCAUAAUUUAGAUAGCUCUAAGAUGAUUUUCAGGUGGAUAUUGCUAUUAAAAUCAAGAUAUGUUUUGUUGUUUUUGUAUUGAAUAUAUAUUAAUUUUGAUGUAGUACUUGAGAUUUACAGGGUUGUGGAAAAUAAAUAUUUACCAAAACAAAUGUAUAUACAAUAAAACAUAAAACAUUUUAAUGUUAAAUUGUAAAAGUAUAGACAAAUUAUUCCUAAAUUAGCAAUACAAUAUUAAUGCCAAUAAAAUUAACUUAAUUUAAAUGAAAUAUUUAUCAAAUAAUCAUUAAAAAUAUGAUUUAUAAUUAUUCACAUUCAUUAAAGAAAUAUAUAUAUAUUCCUGAUUAAAUACUAAAUAUUAUUCAUAUUACUACCAUAAUAGUUUUAUUUUUGAGUUAAAUAUUUUAUUGAGAAAAAUUUUACUAACAACAUUAUUAGUUAUAACGUAUAACCCUCAGUGUCACUAUAUCAUUUGAAUAAGAAUUUGAAAUUUAUUUUAUCAUUUUGAUAUUAAUUGCUAUUUGUUAAAAAUAUAUAUUAGUCUUAUUUUUUUAAUUUUAUCCACCUAGCUUAAAAAUAAAAUGAUUAUUUUCUUAUGAGGUACCCCUAUGAUUACUUUUUAUACAAUUUAAUUAAUGUAUAUACCUAUUGAUUAAUUUAUACUCAUGUAACUAAAGAUUAUCAUAUUUAUAUUUUGACAUUUUUAUUUAACUCUGUGGUAGAGCACAUAAGCUCAUAUUGAAUCUAAAAGAUUGUUUAAUGCUAGUAUAAUAUGUUUCUAUAACUAGUGAACAAUAAAUGUAUACAAUAUUUAUUAAGUACCUAUUAUUAUUGUUAUUAUUAUUUGAUGUACCAUUACUAUUUAGUUAAAGUGAUUUGUCACUAAGGUUGUGUUUGUGUACCUAAUCAUCAUUAAUUUGUAACCGAUAUAAUUUUUGUCAUAUUUUAUAGAUUUAUGUUGAUUUAAAAAUAAAAAUGUAUUUCAAUAGAGAAUAUAAUUUGUUAAAUUGUGA